AUGGUGACGGGGUACUGCAUGUUCUCUAUAGAUGCCAGCAGCACGUUGCUUCCCGCUUCGCCCUUCACUGCUGCCACAGGCCCUGGGGGUGAGAUGGGUGGGGAAGGGAGAGAAGGAGAAACUGCCUCUCUACCUGCACGCUUGCCUCUCUACCUGCACGCUUGCCUCUCUACCUGCACGCUUGCCUCUCUACCUGCACGCUUGCCUCUCUACCUGCACGCUUGCCUCUCUACCUGCACGCUUGCCUCUCUACCUGCACGCUUGCCUCUCUACCUGCACGCUUGCCUCUCUACCUGCACGCUUGCCUCUCUACCUGCACGCUUGCCUCUCUACCUGCACGCCUGCCUCUCUACCUGCACGCCUGCCUCUCUACCUGCACGCCUGCCUCUCUACCUGCACGCCUGCCUCUCUACCUGCACGCUUGCCUCUCUACCUGCACGCUUGCCUCUCUACCUGCACGCUUGCCUCUCUACCUGCACCUGCCUCUACUGCCUGCCUCUCUACCUGCACGCCUGCCUCUCUACCUGCACGCCUGCCUCUCUACCUGCACGCCUGCCUCUCUACCUGCACGCCUGCCUCUCUACCUGCACGCCUGCCUCUCUACCUGCACGCCUGCCUCUCUACCUGCACGCCUGCCUCUCUACCUGCACGCCUGCCUCUCUACCUGCACGCCUGCCUCUCUACCUGCACGCCUGCCUCUCUACCUGCACGCCUGCCUCUCUACCUGCACGCCUGCCUCUCUACCUGCACGCCUGCCUCUCUACCUGCACGCCUGCCUCUCUACCUGCACGCCUGCCUCUCUACCUGCACGCCUGCCUCUCUACCUGCACGCCUGCCUCUCUACCUGCACGCCUGCCUCUCUACCUGCACGCCUGCCUCUCUACCUGCACGCCUGCCUCUCUACCUGCACGCCUGCCUCUCUACCUGCACGCCUGCCUCUCUACCUGCACGCCUGCCUCUCUACCUGCACGCCUGCCUCUCUACCUGCACGCCUGCCUCUCUACCUGCACGCCUGCCUCUCUACCUGCACGCCUGCCUCUCUACCUGCACGCCUGCCUCUCUACCUGCACGCCUGCCUCUCUACCUGCACGCCUGCCUCUCUACCUGCACGCCUGCCUCUCUACCUGCACGCCUGCCUCUCUACCUGCACGCCUGCCUCUCUACCUGCACGCCUGCCUCUCUACCUGCACGCCUGCCUCUCUACCUGCACGCCUGCCUCUCUACCUGCACGCCUGCCUCUCUACCUGCACGCCUGCCUCUCUACCUGCACGCCUGCCUCUCUACCUGCACGCCUGCCUCUCUACCUGCACGCCUGCCUCUCUACCUGCACGCCUGCCUCUCUACCUGCACGCCUGCCUCUCUACCUGCACGCCUGCCUCUCUACCUGCACGCCUGCCUCUCUACCUGCACGCCUGCCUCUCUACCUGCACGCCUGCCUCUCUACCUGCACGCCUGCCUCUCUACCUGCACGCCUGCCUCUCUACCUGCACGCCUGCCUCUCUACCUGCACGCCUGCCUCUCUACCUGCACGCCUGCCUCUCUACCUGCACGCCUGCCUCUCUACCUGCACGCCUGCCUCUCUACCUGCACGCCUGCCUCUCUACCUGCACGCCUGCCUCUCUACCUGCACGCCUGCCUCUCUACCUGCACGCCUGCCUCUCUACCUGCACGCCUGCCUCUCUACCUGCACGCCUGCCUCUCUACCUGCACGCCUGCCUCUCUACCUGCACGCCUGCCUCUCUACCUGCACGCCUGCCUCUCUACCUGCACGCCUGCCUCUCUACCUGCACGCCUGCCUCUCUACCUGCACGCCUGCCUCUCUACCUGCACGCCUGCCUCUCUACCUGCACGCUUGCCUCUCUACCUGCACGCCUGCCUCUCUACCUGCACGCCUGCCUCUCUACCUGCACGCUUGCCUCUCUACCUGCACGCCUUGCCUCUCUACCUGCACGCUUGCCUCUCUACCUGCACGCUUGCCUCUCUACCUGCACGCUUGCCUCUCUACCUGCACGCCUGCCUCUCUACCUGCACGCUUGCCUCUCUACCUGCACGCCUGCCUCUCUACCUGCACGCUGCACGCCUGCCUCUCUACCUGCACGCCUGCCUCUCUACCUGCACGCCUGCCUCUCUACCUGCACGCCUGCCUCUCUACCUGCACGCCUGCCUCUCUACCUGCACGCCUGCCUCUCUACCUGCACGCCUGCCUCUCUACCUGCACGCCUGCCUCUCUACCUGCACGCCUGCCUCUCUACCUGCACGCCUGCCUCUCUACCUGCACGCCUGCCUCUCUACCUGCACGCCUGCCUCUCUACCUGCACGCCUGCCUCUCUACCUGCACGCCUGCCUCUCUACCUGCACGCCUGCCUCUCUACCUGCACGCCUGCCUCUCUACCUGCACGCCUGCCUCUCUACCUGCACGCCUGCCUCUCUACCUGCACGCCUGCCUCUCUACCUGCACGCCUGCCUCUCUACCUGCACGCCUGCCUCUCUACCUGCACGCCUGCCUCUCUACCUGCACGCCUGCCUCUCUACCUGCACGCCUGCCUCUCUACCUGCACGCCUGCCUCUCUACCUGCACGCAGGGCACGCCCUGCCUCUCUACCUGCACGCCUGCCUCUCUACCUGCACGCCUGCCUCUCUACCUGCACGCCUGCCUCUCUACCUGCACGCCUGCCUCUCUACCUGCACGCCUGCCUCUCUACCUGCACGCCUGCCUCUCUACCUGCACGCCCUGCCUCUCUACCUGCACGCCUGCCUCUCUACCUGCACGCCUGCCUCUCUACCUGCACCGCCUGCCCUCUCUACCUGCACGCCUUGCCUCUCUACCUGCACGCCUGCCUCUCUACCUGCACGCCUGCCUCUCUACCUGCACGCCUGCCUCUCUACCUGCACGCCUGCCUCUCUACCUGCACGCCUGCCUCUCUACCUGCACGCCUGCCUCUCUACCUGCACGCCUGGCCUCUCUACCUGCACGCCUGCCUCUCUACCUGCACGCCUGCCUCUCUACCUGCACGCCUGCCUCUCUACCUGCACGCCUGCCUCUCUACCUGCACGCCUGCCUCUCUACAUGCACGCCUGCCUCUCUACCUGCACGCCUGCCUCUCUACCUGCACGCCUGCCUCUCUACCUGCACGCCUGCCUCUCUACCUGCAACGCCUGCCUCUCUACCUGCACGCCUGCCUCUCUACCUGCACGCCUGCCUCUCUACCUGCACGCCUGCCUCUCUACCUGCACGCCUGCCUCUCUACCUGCACGCCUGCCUCUCUACCUGCACGCCUGCCUCUCUACCUGCACGCCUGCCUCUCUACCUGCAACGCCUGCCUCUCUCUACCUGCACGCCUGCCCUCUCUACCUGCACGCCUGCCUCUCUACCUGCACCGCCUGCCUCUCUACCUGCACGCCUGCCUCCUCUACCUGCACGCCUGCCUCUCUACCUGCACGCCUGCCUCUCUACCUGCACGCCUGCCUCUCUACCUGCACGCCUGCCUCUCUACCUGCACGCCUGCCUCUCUACCUGCACGCCUGCCUCUCUACCUGCACGCCUGCCUCUCUACCUGCACGCCUGCCUCUCUACCUGCAACGCCUGCCUCUCUACCUGCACGCCUGCCUCUCUACCUGCCACGCCUGCCUCUCUACCUGCACGCCUGCCUCUCUACCUGCACGCCUGCCUCUCUACCUGCACGCCUGCCUCUCUACCUGCACGCCUGCCUCUCUACCUGCACGCCUGCCUCUCUACCUGCACGCCUGCCUCUCUACCUGCACGCCUGCCUCUCUACCUGCACGCCUGCCUCUCUACCUGCACGCCUGCCUCUCUACCUGCACGCCUGCCUCUCUACCUGCACGCCUGCCUCUCUACCUGCACGCCUGCCUCUCUACCUGCACGCCUGCCUCUCUACCUGCACGCCUGCCUCUCUACCUGCACGCCUGCCUCUCUACCUGCACGCCUGCCUCUCUACCUGCACGCCUGCCUCUCUACCUGCACGCCUGCCUCUCUACCUGCACGCCUGCCUCUCUACCUGCACGCCUGCCUCUCUACCUGCACGCCUGCCUCUCUACCUGCACGCCUGCCUCUCUACCUGCACGCCUGCCUCUCUACCUGCACGCCUGCCUCUCUACCUGCACGCCUGCCUCUCUACCUGCACCUGCCUCUCUACCUGCACGCCUGCCCUCUCUACCUGCACGCCUGCCUCUCUACCUGCACGCCUGCCUCUCUACCUGCACGCCUGCCUCUCUACCUGCACGCCUGCCUCUCUACCUGCACGCCUGCCUCUCUACCUGCACGCCUGCCUCUCUACCUGCACGCCUGCCUCUCUACCUGCACGCCUGCCUCUCUACCUGCACGCCUGCCUCUUCUACCUGCACGCCUGCCUCUCUACCUGCACGCCUGCCUCUCUACCUGCACGCCUGCCUCUCUACCUGCACGCCUGCCUCUCUACCUGCACGCCUGCCUCUCUACCUGCACGCCUGCCUCUCUACCUGCACGCCUUGCCUCUCUACCUGCACGCCUGCCUCUCUACCUGCACGCUUGCCUCUCUACCUGCACGCUUGCCUCUCUACCUGCACGCCUGCCUCUCUACCUGCACGCCUGCCUCUCUACCUGCACGCCUGCCUCUCUACCUGCACGCUGCCUCUCUACCUGCACGCCUUGCCUCUCUACCUGCACGCCUGCCUCUCUACCUGCACGCUUGCCUCUCUACCUGCACGCUUGCCUCUCUACCUGCACCUGCCUCUCUACCUGCACGCCUGCCUCUCUACCUGCACGCCUUGCCUCUCUACCUGCACGCCUGCCUCUCUACCUGCACGCCUGCCUCUCUACCUGCACGCCUGCCUCUCUACCUGCACGCUGCCUCUCUACCUGCACGCCUGCCUCUCUACCUGCACGCUGCCUCUCUACCUGCACGCUUGCCUCUCUACCUGCACGCUUGCCUCUCUACCUGCACGCUUGCCUCUCUACCUGCACGCUUGCCUCUCUACCUGCACGCUUGCCUCUCUACCUGCACGCUUGCUCUCUACCUGCACGCUUGCCUCUCUACCUGCACGCUUGCCUCUCUACCUGCACGCUUGCCUCUCUACCUGCACGCUUGCCUCUCUACCUGCACGCUUGCCUCUCUACCUGCACGCUUGCCUCUCUACCUGCACGCUUGCCUCUCUACCUGCACGCUUGCCUCUCUACCUGCACGCUUGCCUCUCUACCUGCACGCUUGCCUCUCUACCUGCACGCUUGCCUCUCUACCUGCACGCUUGCCUCUCUACCUGCACGCUUGCCUCUCUACCUGCACGCUUGCCUCUCUACCUGCACGCUUGCCUCUCUACCUGCACGCUUGCCUCUCUACCUGCACGCUUGCCUCUCUACCUGCACGCUUGCCUCUCUACCUGCACGCUUGCCUCUCUACCUGCACGCUUGCCUCUCUACCUGCACGCUUGCCUCUCUACCUGCACGCUUGCCUCUCUACCUGCACGCUUGCCUCUCUACCUGCACGCUUGCCUCUCUACCUGCACGCUUGCCUCUCUACCUGCACGCUUGCCUCUCUACCUGCACGCUUGCCUCUCUACCUGCACGCUUGCCUCUCUACCUGCACGCUUGCCUCUCUACCUGCACGCUUGCCUCUCUACCUGCACGCCUGCCUCUCUACCUGCACGCUUGCCUCUCUACCUGCACGCUUGCCUCUCUACCUGCACGCUUGCCUCUCUACCUGCACGCUUGCCUCUCUACCUGCACGCUUGCCUCUCUACCUGCACGCUUGCCUCUCUACCUGCACGCUUGCCUCUCUACCUGCACGCUUGCCUCUCUACCUGCACGCUUGCCUCUCUACCUGCACGCUUGCCUCUCUACCUGCACGCUUGCCUCUCUACCUGCACGCUUGCCUCUCUACCUGCACGCUUGCCUCUCUACCUGCACGCUUGCCUCUCUACCUGCACGCUUGCCUCUCUACCUGCACGCUUGCCUCUCUACCUGCACGCUUGCCUCUCUACCUGCACGCUUGCCUCUCUACCUGCACGCCUGCCUCUCUACCUGCACGCCUGCCUCUCUACCUGCACGCCUGCCUCUCUACCUGCACGCCUGCCUCUCUACCUGCACGCUUGCCUCUCUACCUGCACGCUUGCCUCUCUACCUGCACGCCUGCCUCUCUACCUGCACGCUUGCCUCUCUACCUGCACGCUUGCCUCUCUACCUGCACGCCUGCCUCUCUACCUGCACGCUUGCCUCUCUACCUGCACGCUUGCCUCUCUACCUGCACGCUUGCCUCUCUACCUGCACGCUGCCUCUCUACCUGCACGCUUGCCUCUCUACCUGCACGCUUGCCUCUCUACCUGCACGCUUGCCUCUCUACCUGCACGCUUGCCUCUCUACCUGCACGCUUGCCUCUCUACCUGCACGCUUGCCUCUCUACCUGCCCGCGUGCCUCUCUACCUGCACGCUUGCCUCUCUACCUGCACGCUUGCCUCUCUACCUGCACGCUUGCCUCUCUACCUGCACGCUUGCCUCUCUACCUGCAGCUGCUUGCCUGCUCUACCUGUCACGCUUAUGCCUGCUCUACCUGCACGCUUGCCUCUCUACCUGCACGCUUGCCUCUCUACCUGCACGCUUGCCUCUCUACCUGCACGCUUGCCUCUCUACCUAGGCUACUGCACGCUUGCCUCUCUACCUCACGCUUGCCUCUCUACCUGCACGCUUGCCUCUCUACCUGCACGCUUGCCUCUCUACCUGCACGCUUGCCUCUCUACCUGCACGCUUGCCUCUCUACCUGCACGGCUUGCCUCUCUACCUGCACGCUUGCCUCUCUACCGCACGCCUGGCCUCUCUACCUGCAGCACCUACCUGCACGCUUCCAACUUUGCCGUCUCUACCUGCACGCUUGCCUCUCUAACCUGCACGCUUGCCUCUCUACACCUGCACUCCUGGCCUCUCUACCUGCACGCUUGCCUCUCUACCUGCACGCUUGCCUCUCUACCUGCACGCUUGCCUCUCUACCUGCACGCUUGCCUCUCUACCUGCACGCUUGCCUCUCUACCUGCACGCCUGCCUCUCUACCUGCACGCUUGCCUCUCUACCUGCACGCCUGCCUCUCUACCUGCACGCUUGCCUCUCUACCUGCACGCCUGCCUCUCUACCUGCACGCCUGCCUCUCUACCUGCACGCUGCCUCUCUACCUGCACGCCUGCCUCUCUACCUGCACGCCUGCCUCUCUACCUGCACGCCUGCCUCUCUACCUGCACGCCUGCCUCUCUACCUGCACGCUUGCCUCUCUACCUGCACGCUGCCUCUCUACCUGCACGCCUGCCUCUCUACCUGCACGCCUGCCUCUCUACCUGCACGCUUGCCUCUCUACCUGCACGCCUGCCUCUCUACCUGCACGCUUGCCUCUCUACCUGCACGCUUGCCUCUCUACCUGCACGCCUGCCUCUCUACCUGCACGCCUGCCUCUCUACCUGCACGCCUGCCUCUCUACCUGCACGCCUGCCUCUCUACCUGCACGCCUGCCUCUCUACCUGCACGCCUGCCUCUCUACCUGCACGCCUGCCUCUCUACCUGCACGCCUGCCUCUCUACCUGCACGCCUGCCUCUCUACCUGCACGCCUGCCUCUCUACCUGCACGCCUGCCUCUCUACCUGCACGCCUGCCUCUCUACCUGCACGCCUGCCUCUCUACCUGCACGCCUGCCUCUCUACCUGCACGCCUGCCUCUCUACCUGCACGCCUGCCUCUCUACCUGCACGCCUGCCUCUCUACCUGCACGCCUGCCUCUCUACCUGCACGCCUGCCUCUCUACCUGCACGCCUGCCUCUCUACCUGCACGCCUGCCUCUCUACCUGCACGCCUGCCUCUCUACCUGCACGCCUGCCUCUCUACCUGCACAGCCUGCCUCUCUACCUGCACGCCUGCCUCUCUACCUGCACGCUCUACCUGCACGCCUGCCUCUCUACCUGCACGCCUGCCUCUCUACCUGCACGCCUGCCUCUCUACCUGCACGCCUGCCUCUCUACUGCCACGCCUGCCUCUACCUGCACGCCUGCCUCUCUACCUGCACGCCUGCCUCUCUACCUGCACGCCUGCCCUCUCUACCUGCAACCUGCCUCCUGCACCCUCUCUACUGCACGCCUGCCUCUCUACCUGCACGCCUGCCUCUCUACCUGCACGCCUGCCUCUCUACCUGCACGCCUGCCUCUCUACCUGCCGCUGCCUCUCUACCUGCACGCCUGCCUCUCUACCUGCACGCCUGCCUCUCUACCUGCACGCCUGCCUCUCUACCUGCACGCCUGCCUCUCUACCUGCACGCCUGCCUCUCUACCUGCACGCCUGCCUCUCUACCUGCACGCCUGCCUCUCUACCUGCACGCCUGCCUCUCUACCUGCACGCCUGCCUCUCUACCUGCACGCCUGCCUCUCUACCUGCACGCCUGCCUCUCUACCUGCACGCCUGCCUCUCUACCUGCACGCCUGCCUCUCUACCUGCACGCCUGCCUCUCUACCCUGCACGCCUGCCUCUCUACCUGCACGCCUGCCUCUCUACCUGCACGCCUGCCUCUCUACCUGCACGCCUGCCUCUUCUACCUGCACGCCUGCCUCUCUACCUGCACGCCUGCCCUCUCUACCUGCAACGCCUGCCUCUCUACCUGCACGCCUGCCCUCUCUACCUGCACGCCUGCCUCUCUACCUGCACGCCUGCCUCUCUACCUGCACGCCUGCCUCUCUACCUGCACGCCUGCCUCUCUACCUGCACGCCUGCCUCUCUACCUGCACGCCUGCCUCUCUACCUGCACGCCUGCUCUCUACCUGCACCCUGCCUCUCUACCUGCACGCCUGCCUCUCUACCUGCACGCUGCCUCUCUACCUGCACGCCUGCCUCUCUACCUGCACGCCUGCCUCUCUACCAUGCACGCCUGCCUCUCUACCUGCAACGCCUGCCUCUCUACCUCAGCCUGCCUCUCUACCUACACGCCUGCCUCUCUACCCUGCACGCCUUGCCUCUCUACCUGCACGCUUGCCUCUCUACUGCACGCUUGCCUCUCUACCUGCACGCCUGCCUCUCUACCUGCACGCCGUGCCUCUCUACCUGCACGCUCUGCCUCUCUUACCUGCACGCCUGCCUCUCUACCUGCACGCCUGCCUCUCUACCUGCACGCUGCUCUCUACCUGCACGCCUGCCUCUCUAACCUGCACGCUUGCCUCUCUACCUGCCGCCUUGCCUCUCUACCUGCACGCCUGCCUCUCUACCUGCACGCCUGCCUCUCUACCUGCACGCCUGCCUCUCUACCUGCACGCCUGCCUCUCUACCUGCACGCCUGCCUCUCUACCUGCACGCCUGCCUCUCUACCUGCACGCUGCUCUCUACCUGCACGCCUGCCUCUCUACCUGCACGCCUGCCUCUCUACCUGCACAGCCUGCCUCUCUACCUGCACGCCUGCCUCUCUACCUGCACGCCUGCCUCUUCUACCUGCACGCUGCCUCUCUACCUGCACGCUUGCCUCUCUAUCCUGCACGCCUGCCUCUCUACCUGCACGCUGCCUCUCUACCUGCACGCUUGCCUCUCUACCUGCACGCCUGCCUCUCUACCUGCACGCCUGCCUCUCUACCUGCACGCUUGCCUCUCUACCUGCACGCUUGCCUCUCUACCUGCACGCUUGCCUCUCUACCUGCACGCUUGCCUCUCUACCUGCACGCUUGCCUCUCUACCUGCACGACUGCACUCUCUACCUACGCCUGCACUCUACCCUGCCCGCCUGCCUCUCUACCUGCACGCCUGCCUCCUACCUGCACGCCUGCCUCUCUACCUGCACGCCUGCUCUCUACCUGCCCGCCUGCCUCUCUACCUGCACGCCUGCCUCUCUACCUGCACGCUGCCUCUCUACCUGCACGCUUGCCUCUCUACCUGCACGCCUUGCCUCUCUACCUGCACGCUGCCUCUCUACCUGCACGCCUGCCUCUCUACCUGCACGCCUGCCUCUCUACCUGCACGCCUGCCUCUCUACCUGCACGCCUUGCCUCUCUACCUGCACGCCUGCCUCUCUACCUGCCCGCUUGCCCUCUCUAA